GUGAGUUGGAAUAUUGGAUAUCCAGUUUUCCACAGAUCCUCAAACCACCAUUUUCCCCUUUAAAUCUAGACCCAUUAUGCUCAAGAGAACUUAAGGAAAACGCAAACAACAAACCCUCACUCUUUCCCAAGGGAUAUGUGACUAGCCGUUUGAUUUUAGUUGAAAAGAUUUCCAGCUGGACGCAACUUUCCUACUACUAUUUUCUUUUCUUUUUUCUCCAAGUCCUAUUACUAUUCUAAGCCACUGGACAUUUUAAAAAUUUUGGUCUACUUAGAAAACGACCUAAGCAAACCUAGGACCAGUGCCGGGGACAAGUGUUUCGAGGAAGAUUACUGUGGACAAGUAUCGAGCAGGAGCAGAGAGUCUAAAGAGACAAUUACUCCCCAUUAUGAGAAGCAACGAUACAGAGAAGGCUUUUGCUAAACACAGGACUCUGCUGGGGGAAGGCAACAAGAAGCCUCACUUCUUCUUAAUCUAAAGGUCUUCUUUCUUAAUUUGAUUAUGGAGCGGAAAACACUCUGGUUUGAUAACAUAGUUGUUGAUAUUAAAGGGGAAGCUGGAAUUUUGGCUUCAUAUUCAGAGCUCAGUGGUGAAGAUGUUGAAGAAAACAAUUUUAUUUCCAUUGAUACAUUCCUCCCUAACGAUCUAUUUGAACGAAUUCUAGCUUUUCUUCCCAUAGCAAGCAUUUUCAGAGCAGGUGCUGUGUGUAAAAAGUGGAAUUCUAUUGUGCAUUCUCGGAGGUUUUCAAAGAACCUCUCAAGCAUCUUAUCUAGGAAACCUUGGUACUUUAUGUUCACAAGCGGCAGCCCUAACUCGUAUAAGCCCAUUAGGAAUGCCGAUGGCUAUGACCUCAUUGGGUAUGCCUAUGACCCCAUGGUUCAGAAAUGGUACAGGUUUGAGCUACCGUGUCAUGGAACAUCGAUUUGUUUUAUUGCUUCGUCGUGUGGCUUUGUAUGCUUCAUGGACAAUGACACUAGAAGUCGGCUAUAUGUUUGCAAUCCAAUUCCUAAAAUUUCUGAGAUAUUUGAGAUUCCUAGAUAUUUGAUAUUUUCUGACUAUAAUGCUCUUGCAAUAUCAGUGGAUAGGUCAUCACAAAGUUAUACUAUAGCAAUGGUAAUGUCUAAGAGAGCCCCACAUGAUUUUGGUCAAUGGAUUCUCUCAAUCCAUAUCUAUUGUUCCAAAGCAAAGAUGUGGGUAUCACCUGUGACAGAAACUUUGAUGGGGUGUAGAGGGGGAGACGAUUGUGUGAUCUGUGAUGGGGUUUUAUAUUUCCUUAUUUACAUUAUCACAGAAUUGGACUUGACUGGAAAACCUGAUGGUUUGCUCACUUAUAAUCUUUCUAGUCAAUCUUUCUGUUGUGUGCUAAUCAAUAGGUUAAUCCCAGUACCUUGCCCUCUUACAUGUGGCCGGCUAAUGAACCUUAAGAACAAGCUUGUCCUGGUUGGAGGAAUUGGAGAACAAGAUCAGCCUAGCAUUAUUAAGGGGAUUGGCGUUUGGGUUCUUAAGGGGAGGGAUUGGGAAGAGUUUGCACUCAUGCCUUCUAUUUAUUUUCAAGGAUUGGGGAAUUUUGAUAAGGUCUUUGCAAGCAGUGGUUUUGAUGAUCUUAUAUACAUACAGAGUUAUGAGGCUCCAUCUCUUCUUAUGUUUGACAUGAAAAUGAAGAAAUGGAAAUGGUCGAAAAAGUGUCCUGUUUCAAAGCGGUUGCCCCUUCAAUGUUUCACUGGUUUUUGCUUUGAGCCAAAGCUUGAACUUUUACCCUUAGGGAUGACAACUGGGCAGGUUUUUUGUGGGGACCCUGGCCCCCACUGCUGCCCCUAACUUGCUACGAGUUUAUGGUGUUUGAUAGGAGGAAGUAUCUCAUGGAGUCACUGUAUGGAUCUGUGACAGGCUCUUGUAUCUUUAAUUACUUUGCUGUUCAACCUCUUGAUGACUUUUAAGGCCCUUUUUGUAUAUGUAGAAAUACUGCAAGCACAAAAUGCAGUUUUAGUCUGGAGUAUUGAUGUUGUGCAGCAAUUGCAGUUCUUUUGAUAUCUUACAUGUACUCAUAGAAUGCAUUUUUGGGAAAUGAGUUCCUCUUAUUGCUGCA